UCCCAGAAUCCCUUCCACUAAGUAACCGUCGUCAAAUUUGUAGCACAUGAGGUCAGAGAUAGGGAGACUUAGCCGCCUCGCUUCGGCACCGGACGACAUGACUGUCAAGACCUGGGACGCGCAUAGUGGCGCCUUCCUGCAGUCGCUUAAGGGCCAUGGCUCCUCCGUCAACUCUGUAGCGUUCUCGCACGACAGCAGCCGCCUUGCUUCUGCGUCAUCCGACAGGAAUGUCAAGAUUUGGGACGUGCAUAGCGGCGCCUGCCUACAGACGCUCAACAUUGACACGGUUAUCUUCGAUCUCUCCUUUGAUCUUACCGGCUCAUCUCUCUAUACCGAAAUUGGAAGUGAGCGGCCGAAAUCUCAAUACCGAGGCUACGGUGUCCGUUCCGGCGACGUCUGGGUCACGCGGAAUUCGCAGAACUGGCUGUGGCUGCCGCGCGAGUACCGCCCAACUCGUUCGGUUGAAGCACGGUCGUGGUUAGCCUUAGCGCUAGCCUGCGCGCCCGGACAUGUUCUGAUCUUUGGGUUCUAG